AUGGCUAGCACCCAGGGUGUCAACGUCCUCCGCUACUCGGCCCUCGUGGCUGGUCUGUUCUACGGUGUCUUCCACCAGUCGUCUCUCAACUCGCAGACGAAGCGCACGGAGAUUGAGCACGAAUACGCACGCAAGGAGCGCCUGAUCGAGCAGGCCAAGGCCGAGUGGAAGAAGAAGACGACACCCCAGGAGCCCAAGACACAAACUAGCGGACUCAUCACGGAUCCCGAGGACCCCAAAUUCGACCUGGAGGCAUUCUUGCAGGCUAAGGCUGCGGAGUCGCAGUAA